AUGAUAAGCUUGUGCUAUACUAUAAAUUAAAAUAUCGAAUUAUUUCAUAAUAAUGGAACCACCUAAAGACAAAUGGAAUAUCGUGCUACUUGUAUUUAUUCUACAUGGCAUUGGGACAUUGAUGCCAUGGAAUAUGUUUAUAACGGCAAAGAGUUAUUUCGUUGAAUUCAAAUUAGGCGGAGAUUCAAAUUCAACAGGUGCUUCAAAUUAUGCAGCGAAUUUCUUGCAAUAUCAUGGAUUUGCGGCUCAAAUUCCCAAUGUGGUAUUUAAUUGGCUCAAUGUGUUUUUAAAUUUGGGUGGAGAUUUGACGACACGAAUGGCGAUUAGUAUAUUAGUGGAGCUGUUUAUAUUUGUGGUUACAGUUCUUAUGGCCAUGGUUGACUCUACAAAUUGGCCCGGCGCCUUUUUUUGGAUUACAAUGAUCACAGUAGUCGUCUUAAAUAUGGCUAGCGCUGUUUACCAAAAUACUAUAUUCGGAAUGGUCGCAACAUUUCCAUUUAGAUAUACCGGCGCGGUAAUAUUGGGAUGCAAUAUUUGCGGCCUCUUUGUAUCUUUAAUAAGUAUUGGGAGCAAUUAUAUAUUUCCUACAAUUAGAACUGCUGCCAUUUAUUACUUCAUAACAGCGAUGGUGCUUUUGUUAUUUUGCUAUGAUACAUUCUUCGCAAUACCUUUGAACAAAUUUUUCAUCUAUAAUCAACUUUCACGAAAAACGGAAGGCAGUGAAAAUGUGAAAACUUCGGAUAUACCUUAUUGGACUAUCUUUAAAACAGCAUCUAUGCAGCUGUUUAAUGUAUUUUUAAUAUUCUUUGUAACAUUGGCGGUUUUUCCUGCCGUAAACUCAGAUAUUAAGGCAUCGUCAUCAGAUUUCUUCAUAAAGGACCCUAUAAUUUUGACUUCAUAUUGGAUUCAAUGGCCUGGUCCGAAAUAUUUGGUCGUACCAGUUGCCUUGCGAUUGGUUUUUAUACCGUUAUUCCUGUUUUGCAAUUAUUUGCCUCUAAACAUCGAUAGAAGUCUGCCAGUUUUAAUAAACAAUGAUUGGAUAUACUGGAUUAUUGGUGUUUUAAUGGCAUACACUUCCGGAUACUACAGUGCUCUGGCAAUGAUGUAUGCACCACAGACAGUUGAACAAAACCACCAAGUCAAAGCGGGAAUGUUCGCCGGUGCGAUGCUCAUAAGUGGGAUUUUUUGUGGAAUUUUGUUUUCAUUCAUAACUCCUUACUUAGUCUAA